CUGCUUUCUGCCCGCAUAUCUCAUGCUCUGACAUGGUAGUCGGUCUCGAAAGGGCUCUGGUGGGGCUCCCGAACGCGUGCCGGCAACGACUCGAUGGGUCGCCGCAAGGAGAACCAAGACUCGUUUGUGAUCCACGAUCGGUUUGCAGACUGCGACGCGCUCACGUUUGUGUGCGUCAUGGACGGUCAUGGCUCGCAAGGCGCGUACGUCAGCCACUUUGUCCGCGACCACUACCCGCAGCACGUGGCCGACGCGUGGCAGCGCAACGUGCCAGCGCUGACGCCGGACACGCUUUUGACGCUCGAUGUUGUCGAAGAUGUCUUCCUCGAAGCGUCGUGCCGCAUGACGACGCAGCUCGAGGAAGAGAGCGGCCUCGACAUUAGCGUAAGCGGGUCGACGGCCGUCGCGCUCUUGCUCGUGACGCCGACGCCCGAGAUGCCGGACCUGGCGCCGCAUGUAUUUAUUGCCAACGUUGGCGACAGCCGCGCUGUCGCGGGCGUUCUCGACGCAGCAAAUAACGAGUAUACGACCCACACGCUGUCGGUGGACCACAAACCAGAUGUCCCCGCGGAGCUCAGCCGUAUUUUGGCCACGAAUGGCCGCGUGUUUGAGUGGGGUGUCCCGCGCGUCUGGCUGAAAGAUGUCGAUAUGCCGGGGCUGGCCAUGUCCCGGUCGUUUGGCGACUCGGUCGCGACGUCGGUCGGCGUUAUCUCGGACCCCGACUGCUCGGAGCUGGAUGUGCCGGUGUGUGCGACUCGUGCCCGAGCCUUUGUCGUCGUGGCCUCGGACGGUCUCUGGGAGUUUCUACCCUCGGAGCAGGUCGUCGCGCUCUGUACAAAGUGCCUCCAGGACGGCUACGACCCGCAGACGAUGUGUGAUAUGCUCGUCGCCGAAGCGCUCGAACGCUGGCUCGACGAAGAAGACGUUGUCGACGACAUUACCGUCAACGUCCUCGUGUUCCCGUAA